AUGGGAAAAAUCUAUGGCGUGCAGGGCGUGUCGGAGGAGCGGCCGGGGCUGCUGGAGACGGCGGCGCGCGCGCGCGGGCACUACCAGAAGCGCGCCUACGCCUGCGUCAAGCUGCUCGUGGGCGUCAUGUGUCGCGCGCCCGCCGCCGUGCGCGCCGUGCACGCGCAGCACGACAGCCGCCGCCGCUGGCGCACGCUGCUCACCUGGCUGCAGGACGAGCUCGACCGCAAGUAUGGCCCCGGCGGUUACGGCUCGUACGGCACGUGGUCUCCACCAGGAACUUCGAACGAGACGUCUAGUGGGUACUUUUUAGAGCGCAGCAAUUCUGCAAGAAAAACUCUCGAAAAAGCUUACCAGCUGUGCCCCGAAGAAGAAGACGAGGAGGAAGAAGAGAGUCGCGAGGGCGCGUCGGGCUCGGGGUCGGGCGACGCCGCGGACGACAGCGUGGACGAGGACGAGGCGGGCGAGGACGACGCGGCCGCGCGGCGCCUGGCGCUGCCGAUUUUGUAA